AUGUUUAAUCCACAGGUAUUGGAUGUUCCAGCUGUGAUUAUUGACAAUGGUUCGGGCCUCUCCUGCACCGUCCCCAUCUAUGAGGGUUACGCCCUGCCUCAUGCAGUCACCAAGCUCUAUGUGGCAGGGAGGGACAUCACAGAGCACCUCACCCGGCUCCUCUUUGCUAGAGGGUGUACUUUUUCUUGCAUAUUCAACAAGGCCUUGGUGAACGACAUUAAAGAGACGCUGUGCUACAUUGCGCUGGAGCCAGAGAAAGAGCUAUGCAAGAAGCCUGAGGAAGUCUUGCGAGAAUACAGACUUCCAGAUGGGAAUGUCAUCCACCUUGGGCACCAGCUACACCAGGUACCAGAGGUUCUCUUUGCACCUGACCAGCUAGGCAUCCACAAUCCAGGACUCCCGAAAAUGGUCUCCAGCAGCAUCGUGAAAUGUGACGCUGACAUUCAGAAGAGCCUUUUUGCAGAGAUCGUACUGUGCGGGGGCACCACUCUCUUUCCUGGCCUGGAGGAAAGGCUCGUGAAAGAACUGGAACAGCUGGCUUCCAAAGAGACCCCCAUCAAGAUCACGGCUUCUCCUGAUAGAUGGUUCUCUGCAUGGAUUGGUGCAUCCAUAAUAACCUCUCUGAACACUUUCAAGCAGAUGUGGGUCACUUCUGAAGAUUUCAAGGAGUUUGGGGCAUCUGUAGUUCAGAGAAGAUGUUUUUAAAGAUUCCCUGA